CGCUCAGUCUGAGUCGGAGAACCCACACAAUAUGUUGAGGUGACGGAUGCGGAAUCGUCGGAGUGCGCCGCUUUUCAAACUGAAACUGAAUUGAAAUUCCUUUUCGCGUAUUCGUUCGCAUUCUUCCCGCUUUUCGAGUGCCAAAAAUUGUAUGAAACAAAAAUACAGAAAGUGAAACAUAAAAGAAAUUUUAGCGCACAGCUUGGAUUAUUUUUGGUGAUAGAAAAUCCCAAAAGCUUUGUGGCAAUAACAAAAUAAAAAUAUUUAUAAAUACUUUUCGGUUUAUUUAUGUGUGUUCGCUUUUUACGCUGACCAUGUGCAAAGAUUAAGUUGGCCGAAACCAAAGAGCUGAAAAUUGAACUGAUAAGGUGACGUCUUAUCAAUUGUAUCUGUGAGUGUGUGUCGAUAGUGCAAAACAAAAAAAAAAAUAAUCAAACUACAGAAAAAACAGAAAGAUUCUCCUAGAAGCUGCGAAGUGCAAACAAAGCGCAAUAAGCGCCGAGGAAAUCAGCCAUUUGAAUCAUCGGAAUUUUCCAUUGAGCCAGCGGACAUGGAGGGGUGCGUCUGACUGCCCCGAUCCGAAACCCGUUUGCCCGGAAGCGAGCAAUUGACCAGAAGGAUGGCCUCGCUGCAGCAGAAGCGCCCCAGCAUCAGCAACUGGUUCUCCUCGCUGCGCCGCCAGCCGAAGAACAAGAAGGGCUCCUCCGGCUUGGGAGGCAGUGGCAGCUUCGGCAGCAAGCAGCAGUUGCAGCGCAGCUGCUUCGACCUCUCCUCGAGUGCUGUAGGCGGUGGCGUGAAUGUCGGAGUGGGCGUGGGAUUCUCCACGGCAGGAUCGCCGGCGAGCAGGCGGAGCAACAGCACCUUCUACAUCAACCCCUUGAAUGUUUCCUCCGCCGGAGGGAAGGACGAUCGCCGUCGCCUGGUGGAGACGGGCAGCAGCAGCGGGAGCAGCCUGUCCAGCGUUUGCACCCGCUGCUUCUGCAACCUGCUCGCGAAGAGCGAACAGAGCAAGGAGCCCACCCCCCUGGCCACGCCCACUCCUACACCGAAGGUCUCGCUGAAGCCGCCCGCCAAGCCGCGCUCCCCCUCGCUGGCGCCCUACACCAGCGUGGCCACCUACAACGUCACGAACCUGACGCCGGACAGCCCGCCGCCCGCCAGUCCCUCGCCCGCCACUCCCUCAGCCGGCAGUCCUCCUCCCGAACCAGCGAGUCCAUCGCUGAGCACCGAGACGGUGAGCUGCAGCGACGUGACCCACAGGGUCACCCAGCUGACGCGCCUACCCUGCGAGGAGCCCAACACGGAGCUCUUCAGCCGGCGCACGGAGUUCAAGCACACCACCACGACGACGACCACCAGGACGCUGAUUGUGUCCCGGCCCGUGGAGCUGCUCCUGAACGAGAAGGGGGAGAUCAUCGCGAGGAGAUCGCCGCGCAAGACGCGCUCCAGCUCCCUGGGCUGCAUGCUCGAUGUGGAGGACUGCGAGCCGGAAGCGGGUCUUGGCAUGGGAAUGGACAAUCCCGGACUGCAACUGGAAACGGAUCCGAGCUCGGGACUGAGUUCACCGCUGACACCCGAUGCCGGCGAUCUGCGCUUCAUCGACGACAGCUCCAACUCGCAGAGCGAAUCCGAGCGAAACUCGAUCAGCCACAACAACAACAACGACAGUAGUAUGAACCACAACAACAACAACAACAACCACAGCAGCAGCAGCAGCAAUGGCAGCAGCAAGCGGAGCAGCCAGCAAUCGAAUCUCUGCGAGAGUUGCCGCACGCUGCUCGAGCGAAACCGCAGCAACGCGGAGCAGAGUGGCAGCCUGGUGAUCCUCAGGCGGCCAGGAAAGCAAAUCAAAGAUGAGUUGGGCGAGGUUGUCUCGGAAAUGGAGGCGCUCGACGUGCCCGAAGACUGCAAGCAUUCCAAUAAGGACAAGCAGAUGUCCAUUGGCCGCAAGAAGUUCAAUAUGGAUCCGAAAAAAGGCAUUGAAUAUCUCGUAGAGAACAGACUGCUUCGUCACGAUCCCCAGGAUGUGGCGCAUUUCCUCUAUAAGGGCGAGGGACUGAAUAAAACGGCCAUUGGCGAUUACCUCGGCGAAAAGAACGAUUUUAAUGAGGAUGUGCUGAAGGCCUUUGUGGCGCUCCACGAUUUCACCAAUCUCAUUCUAGUGCAGGCCCUCAGACAAUUUCUGUGGUCGUUUCGCUUGCCCGGCGAGGCGCAAAAGAUCGAUCGCAUGAUGGAGACUUUCGCACAGCGCUAUUGCCAACUCAAUCCGGAUAUAUUCACCAACACGGACACGUGCUACGUGCUCAGCUUCGCCAUUAUAAUGCUCAAUACAUCGCUGCACAAUCCAUCGGUUAAAGACAAACCCACCGUUGAGCAGUUCAUCUCGAUGAAUCGUGGCAUCAACAACGGCGGAGAUUUGCCCCGCGGCCUGCUGGAGUCCCUCUACGAGUCCAUUCGAACGGAGCCAUUCAAAAUACCCCAGGACGACGGCAAUGAUCUGAUGCACACCUUCUUCAAUCCCGACAAGGAGGGCUGGCUGUGGAAGCAAGGCGGCAGAUACAAAUCGUGGAAACGACGUUGGUUCAUUUUGAACGACAAUUGCCUAUACUAUUUUGAAUACACCACCGAUAAGGAGCCGCGCGGCAUUAUCCCCCUGGAGAACAUAUCGGUGCGCGAGAUCCACGAUCGCAGCAAACCGCACUGCUUUGAGCUGUUCGCCACUGGCGGUGCUGACAUCAUCAAGGCCUGCAAGACUGACUCCGAGGGAAAGGUGGUGGAGGGCAAGCAUACGGUGUACCGCAUGUCCGCUGCCACGGAGGAGGACCAGCAGGAGUGGAUCAAGCGCCUGACGCAGUCCAUCAGCCACAAUCCGUUCUACGACAUCCUAGUACAAAGAAAGAAAAAGGCGCUCAGCAAGAGUUAAUAUUAAGACAGAGCUCGGCGCAACUUGUGUCUUGGAUCUCAGUGAAACUCUGCUACGCGUGUGUGGCUGCUCUCUCCUUUAUUUAAACAAGUGCUUGUGCAUAAACCUAAAUUAUAUAAAUUAAUCGCUGUAUGUGUGUGCGAAUUUCCAUGUAAGCCAAUGCCUGUAAACAGAUCACAUCGUGGUUUGCCCUGUCCCAAUUAUGUCUUUGUAUUCUGUUUGAUUGACUCGAAACAAGCCAUCACACGCCGACGCACUUCGAACCACAAACUUUGUCUCUAUUGUUGUGAUAUAAUUUAUUUACAUUAAGCAUUAACAAUACGAAUUAUAUGAAAAAUAACUGAAAAUUGCAUCAAUAAGAAAUAUACAUUUAUACACAUUUUCAUUAGUGCAAAUUUUUGUUUAGUUUCAUUUUAGGCGUAAGUCUACGAAUAUGUCUCCAGUUUAGCGUUUACCACCUAAGUUGUCCCACCACCCUUUAUUGUAGAAAUCCUUAGUGCUAUGAAACAUAUCCCAGCCACCAAACGCUGUUGUAGUGCUGAAGUUUAUAUAUAUGUAUAUGAUUAUUUGAUGCAAAUGAAAACAGCGUGAACAAGUUGCUUGGCAAUAAUUGUAAAACCAAUUACAUAAAAUAGGUGCAAGCUACAAGAAGGCCUUUUGAGAACCUUAAGCUCAAGCUAACAACGAAUGAAAAUUAAAAUGUGUAAAAAGUGCGACUGUUUAUUUAACAGGUCCAAUACAUAAAUGCAAUCCGAAUGCGAACAGGUUUGUUAAAGAAAUUUUGGAGUAGGCAAACUAAGUUUAUGGUUAACCAAAGAUCUGAUUUCAACUAUUACAAUAUGCCAACUUCCAACUCCAAUAAACACUUUCAUUAUGUAUUUAAAAUAUUUAUUUGUCAAUUGAAAAGUGUUUCGAAAAUGCAUUUUGUUUGGAGUUUGUUAAUUUAAAUAGUAAGAAACGAGCCAACCGCAAAGUGUUCCAGCCAAAGUCGAAUUCGCAUACAAUAAAUUUCGGUUAGCGUAUUAUAAACAGCACACUGAUGAUAAAUGUGUAAAUAGGAAAUGUCAGCAGUUCGAAAGAUCAAUGAAAAAACUCGGUUGCCAGCAUAAAUCUUAUGAUAGCCGUAAGAUGCUGUUAUAUGUAAUAGUAGAUUGUGUGUUGAGCCUUUGUGAUACCAUUGAUGGGAAAGCGCUCCUAGCAGAUCCUGUGUGGUUUGCUAUGUUUCGAGACUGAGGGAUAAACUUUAUCACAUCACAUUUAAUAAACCCACUUGCAUCGAUCGUCAAUGUCAACUGACAUCUUAGCAUAUGGUUUGAAUUUCCACUUUGGGACACGCUCAUCAUUUGAACUAUCUUGAAAAAGCAGUCCCAAACGAUUUUGCAAUAUAUAAUUAAUAAUUUAGCUAGCAUUGUAUAUCUACUUCAAAUAACCCUACGGUCUUUAUUUUUAAAUAUAUAUGUGUAUUAUAUCUUUGGUUACUCUUAAUUAAAUGUAAAUAAAUGCGAAAUACAUUAGUGCUUAAUUCUGAGAGGUUUAUUAUGUUCCA